GGGAAGAAAUAACCGAGGUGAAGAGGAAGGAAAAUGAGGUUGUAAAGAAAGAAACAGAAGAAGAGAAGGUGGGAAGGCCUGUCCUCGUCAAGCAGUCCAGUAACAUCCAGCCUGAGAAGAAUCUGCAGAGCCAGCUGAAAACAUUUCCUGAUGUAAAAAUGAAUGUGGAGCCUCAGAGGGAAGAAGUCGCUUCAAAAUAUAGUUCAAGAAGUGUUGUGAGCUUCCUCCCUGCCUCCUGUCAUGAAAAAGGACCUAAAAGAGAGCUGAAGGACGAUGUGGAGUUUCCUGUGUCCAAUACACAGAGAAUAGGCCUAUCCAGUUCUGUGCCUAAAGAGUGCACAGAGCCUCCAGUGGUAUCUGCUGAUAUUGUCAUCUCAAAGCAAGAACCCAGGAUUACCUUGCACCUACCACCUAUACAGCCUCAAAACUUUACUCCUCAUCCCCUGAAGCCCCCCCCUCCUGCUCCAGAGGAUCCACAACCCCAACCCAACCGCCGGCCUUCUGGAGGCUUGCCAGUCAAAGAUCAAAGGUUCCUCCUGUCUUCGGCCAAAUAUAACACGAUUAGACAUCAAACACAGGUGCCUCUUGAUCGAAAAGUCUUGGAGCUUUAUAAGAAGUUCAAAGCCAGUAACAAGAACUCGUCACACCAUGGAAAACUCUCCACCAGUGAAAAGCACCGUCUUGCAUUUAGGGCUAUGCUGUCCAACACUGAAACUCAGCCCCCCAGAUUUACCCAUCCUGAAUGUCUCAGCCACCCACUCGAUUCUGAUUACUCAACACAGUUUGCACAAACUAUCCAUUCUAUCAAAGACCAAAGAGGCCACAAGCCCAUGCCAGAGUGGAGGAAGAGCCUGUACAAACUUAUUUCUCUCCAAGGUUUCCGUUCUCCACGGGCAACAAGGUUGGCUGCAACAGAGCAUCCGCUCAAGUCUUCCAAUGCCAAACAACCUCUGGCAGCCGUCCCCACACUGCAGCCUGGCCAGGCAGCAGUGCAUCAGAGGGUGUUGCAGAAGAUUCAGAUGAAAGACACCCAGGAGCUGGCCUCCUUCUGCUUCCACCACGUGAUCCCAAUGCCCUCCCAACACAGCUUCUUCACUUUGAAACCCUGUGGGAAGACUCAGUAUGGAAAGCUGCAGUUUGAUUGGAUGAGGGGACUUGGGGAGGAAAAGCUGCUCAAAGUGUCCUCAGUUAAACCCAAGGAUACUGCUCACAAAGUUGUGGAUGAGUUAUGAGUUAUUCGGUCGAACAAUAAAAUAAUCCUCUGUGUAUUA